UUUGUCCUGGACAGAGAGUUCCUUCCUGGCCUCCAUAAUGUCACAGAACCAAUCAGAACAGAGCUCUGACAUCCUCAGUCAGGAUGUGUUCAACCAGCUGCUGGAGAUGCUGGACCAGUCUGCAUUCCACUCGUCGCAGCCCAUAGAGUUGAACUUCUCAGACAGCCCAGCAGACGAAGAUGGACCAUCAGGAACACCAUUCAGAUCAGCAUGGACUGCAUCACCAUGCAUGAGGGACAGGAACCACUGUCUUCACAGUAUACCAACCUGGGGCUGCUGAACAGCAUGGAUCAGAACAUCCAAAAUGGCGGCUCUACCUCCACCAGUCCCUACAACAACGACCAUGUCCAGAACAACGCGUCAGCUCCUUCCCCCUACGCCCAGCCCAGCUCCACCUUCGACGCCAUGUCCCCCUCCCCGGCUAUCCCCUCCAACACAGACUACGCCGGGGGACACACCUUUGACGUCUCCUUCCAGCAGUCCUCCACAGCCAAGUCUGCCACCUGGACGUACUCUACAGAGCUGAAGAAGCUGUACUGUCAGAUCGCCAAGACGUGUCCCAUCCAGAUCAAGGUGCUGACCAACCCCCCGCAGGGCGCCGUCAUCAGAGCCAUGCCCGUUUACAAGAAGGCAGAGCACGUCACCGAGGUGGUCAAACGAUGCCCCAACCACGAGCUCAGCCGCGAGUUCAACGACGGUCAGAUAGCCCCUCCCAGUCACCUGAUCCGAGUGGAGGGUAACAGCCACUCCCAGUAUCUGGAGGACUCCAUCACGGGCCGUCAGAGUGUGCUGGUCCCCUACGAGCCCCCCCAGGUGGGCACAGAGUUCACCACCAUACUGUAUAACUUCAUGUGCAACUCCAGCUGUGUAGGAGGCAUGAACCGACGCCCUAUCCUCAUCAUCGUCACCCUGGAAGCCAGAGAUGGUCAGGUGCUGGGUCGGCGCUGCUUCGAGGCCAGGAUCUGUGCGUGUCCUGGCCGGGACCGCAAGGCGGACGAGGACAGCAUCCGUAAGCAGCACGUUACUGACGGAACAAAGAGCAGUGAGGGUAUGAAACGCCCCUUCCACCAGGUCUCUCAUGGUAUCCAGAUGUCCUCCAUCAAGAAGAGAAGAUCCACAGACGAGGAAGUGUUCUGUCUGCCUAUUAAAGGCCGUGAAAUCUAUGAGAUUUUGGUGAAAAUCAAAGAGUCUCUGGAACUCAUGCAGUUUCUGCCUCAGCACACUGUAGAGUCAUACAGGCAGCAGCAGCAGAACCUCCUGCAGAAACAAUGGGAUCUCUGGGGCGAUGAGAGUAACGGACUGUACCCUCCUCUCCCCUGCCCCAGGAGCGCCAUGGCCCCCCAGCCCCAGUAUGGCUCCAGCUCCCCUCCUCCCCCCCACGGCAAGGUCAACAAGCUCCCCUCCGUCAGCCAGCUCAUCAACCCCCAGCAACGCAACACCCUCACCCCCUCCUCCAUGGCCCAAGGCCUGACUGACAUGACUCCGAUGAUGGGCCACAUGGCUAUGAAUGCUGACAUGUCGGCCCUGAGCCCCGCCCACAUCCUGCAGCCCCAGUUACCCAUGGUGCCCAGCUCCCACUGCACCCCCCCGCCUCCCUACCCCAUGGACAGCAGCAUCUCCAGCUUUCUUCUGCGGCUGGGCUGCGCAGCCUGCCUGGACUGUUUCACAGCACAGGGCCUGACCAACAUCUACCAGAUCGAGAACUAUAACUUGGAGGACCUGUCCCGGCUGAAGAUCCCGCAGGAGUUCCAGCACGUCAUCUGGAAGGGCAUCAUGGAGCACCGGCAGAGCAUGGAGUUCUCCCCUCCUCCCCACAUCCUGCGUACCUCCAGCGGGGCCUCCGCCGUCAGCGUAGGGUCCUCCGAGGCCCGCGGCGAGCGGGUCAUCGACGCCGUGCGCUUCACCCUGCGCCAGACCAUCUCCUUCCCUCCGCGUGACGACUGGUCCGACUUCUCCUUCGACCUGGACUCCCGACGCAACAAGCAACAGCGCAUCAAGGAGGAGGGGGAAUAGAAAAACUCUCACACUCUGGAUGGAAUUUCAAUCUAAGGUGCACUGUUGACAAGCGCACUGUACCAAUGGGUCUGUAAAACGGCCAUUUUCCUGACGUUCAGACAUCCCUUUUACAGUAAACGCUGGGGAUGUCGGCUCAAGCGUACAUUAUCAUUACCAUUAUUAUUAUCAUUACCAUUAUCAUUAAAAGUCGAGUGCGGUACGCUUGUCGGCAAUGGUCCUUGGAUUGAAGCCCUGCCUCUGUCACACACCUGUUAACCAACCACUCUCGUAUCACGGUACAGAACUAGGAAUUCUCUGCUUCAAAGUGCUCUGGGUCCGGUUUCCUCAAAAGCAUCUAAGUUCAUUGUUAGAACAACCCUCGUUUUGGAGCAGAACACAAAAACCAUUGUUGGAAGUUGUUUACCGACCUGCCUAAGUACAUCGUCAUAAGACCUGACUUACAUCGCUAGCGGGAAACUGGACCCUGGUCCUUAGUUCAGAUAUCCUAAAUAGCAAAAUACUAUGCAAAUAAAAAUGCACUUAUUUUAUGUUUUUAGAAAAGCCUUCCGUAGCUGCCAGCUAGAGGAUGAGACAAAUUAUGGUUUUAGAAAAGCCUUCCGUAGCUGCCAGCUAGAGGAUGAGACAAAUUAUGGUUUUAGAAAAGCCUUCCGUAGCUGCCAGCUAGAGGAUGAGACAAAUUAUGGUUUUAGAAAAGCCUUCCGUAGCUGCCAGCUAGAGGAUGAGACAAAUUAUGGUUUUAGAAAAGCCUUCCGUAGCUGCCAGCUAGAGGAUGAGACAAAUUAUGGUUUUAGAAAAGCCUUCCGUAGCUGCCAGCUAGAGGAUGAGACAAAUUAUGGUUUUAGAAAAGCCUUCCGUAGCUGCCAGCUAGAGGAUGAGACAAAUUAUGGUUUUAGAAAAGCCUUCCGUAGCUGCCAGCUAGAGGAUGAGACAAAUUAUGGUUUUAGAAAAGCCUUCCGUAGCUGCCAGCUAGAGGAUGAGACAAAUUAUGGUUUUAGAAAAGCCUUCCGUAGCUGCCAGCUAGAGGAUGAGACAAAUUAUGGUUUUAGAAAAGCCUUCCGUAGCUGCCAGCUAGAGGAUGAGACAAAUUAUGGUUUUAGAAAAGCCUUCCGUAGCUGCCAGCUAGAGGAUGAGACAAAUUAUGGUUUUAGAAAAGCCUUCCGUAGCUGCCAGCUAGAGGAUGAGACAAAUUAUGGUUUUAGAAAAGCCUUCCGUAGCUGCCAGCUAGAGGAUGAGACAAAUUAUGGUUUUAGAAAAGCCUUCCGUAGCUGCCAGCUAGAGGAUGAGACAAAUUAUGGUUUUAGAAAAGCCUUCCGUAGCUGCCAGCUAGAGGAUGAGACAAAUUAUGGUUUUAGAAAAGCCUUCCGUAGCUGCCAGCUAGAGGAUGAGACAAAUUAUGGUUUUAGAAAAGCCUUCCGUAGCUGCCAGCUAGAGGAUGAGACAAAUUAUGGUUUUAGAAAAGCCUUCCGUAGCUGCCAGCUAGAGGAUGAGACAAAUUAUGGUUUUAGAAAAGCCUUCCGUAGCUGCCAGCUAGAGGAUGAGACAAAUUAUGGUUUUAGAAAAGCCUUCCGUAGCUGCCAGCUAGAGGAUGAGACAAAUUAUGGUUUUAGAAAAGCCUUCCGUAGCUGCCAGCUAGAGGAUGAGACAAAUUAUGGUUUUAGAAAAGAUACAUUUCAAAAAUAUAUCACAUUUCUUGAGACAAAACUCUUAAAUGCUUUUUGUGAUUUGCUUUGACAGGUUCUAUAAUCCAUUCUGAUGUUAAAGCAUGAGAGGAGACCUUUUGGGGGAUUUGUUUGUUUGUUGUUGUUGUUGUUGUUGGGCCAUAGAAGGUGUAUGGCCAGGAUUCAAUCCAAAGUGCGUUACGACAGAUGAGACCUUCAAAAUGAGAAAGAAAGAAAAAUGUAUUUAUGUAGGUGCUUCUGUCUUGCUGUUGACCCACUUAGCAAACAUCUGUCAACUGCUACCAUUUCAUCAAUAAAUUAUAAACGAAUUCAGAAAUAUUGCAAAAAAAACAGGAUUACAGUGGACAGUUUAUUAGGUACACCCAUCUAGUACCGGGUCAGACCCUUUUUUGCCUCCAGAACAGCCUGAAUUCUUCAGGAAAUUGAUUGUGUGGUGUUCAAACGUUGCUCAAUUGGAAUCAAGAGACCUGAACGUGUGGCAGGAAAACAUUCCCCACAGCAUUACACCACCAGCCUGUACUGGGGGGCGAUGAGUUUCUGCCAAAUCCUGACACUGCCACCAGCCUGUACUGGGGGGCGAUGAGUUUCUGCCAAAUCCUGACACUGCCACCAGCCUGUACUGGGGGGCGAUGAGUUUCUGCCAAAUCCUGACACUGCCACCAGCCUGUACUGGGGGGCGAUGAGUUUCUGCCAAAUCCUGACACUGCCACCAGCCUGUACUGGGGGGCGAUGAGUUUCUGCCAAAUCCUGACUCUGCCAUGAGCAUGACGCUACAGAAAUCGUGUUUCGACGGACCAGGCGAUGUUUCCACUCCUCAAAUUGUCCAGUGUUGUUGAUCGCUUGCCCACUGGAACCUCUUCCUCCUGAUGGGAGUAGAACCCGGUGUUGCAAUAGAACCAUCCGUGACAAAGACCGACGAGUUGUGCGUUUCCGAGAUGCUGUUCUGCACACCACUGUUGUACUGUGUCGUUAAUGGCCUGUUAGCUUGCACGAUUCAAGCCAUUUCUCCUUGGCUUUGGUCCAAAUUAAAACGUUACAUUGUUGUUAGUGGUUAUACUAAAUAAACAGUCCUCUAUAUAUACACACACGUUGCUUUAGUUUACAUUGUGAACCUAGCAAGUAGUAGCAGCAGCUUCUUGACUUCUUUAUAGUAAAAUAAUCAGUGGUGUAUAAAGUCGAGGCCACAUGCAACCAAAUGUAACUAUUUUUUUCGCAUUUCAAUUCACAAGAUCUAAUGAACCCAAAGCAAGCGCCCCACGGGGCAGAGAAUCAGCUUUCAUCGAUGUCAAAGCAUUUCCUCAAAUGCUGAUGCUCAAUGUCGGACGCCUGAUAGCCAAGGACCGUUACUAAGGGAAGUUAGUGUUGCUGGCCAAGGACCGUUACUAAGGGAAGUUAGUGUUGCUGGCCAAGGACCGUUACUAAGGGAAGUUAGUGUUGCUGAUCAAGGACUGUUACUAAGGGACCGUUACUAAGAAAAGUUAGUGUUGCUGGCCAAGGACCGUUACUAAGGGAAGUUAGUGUUGCUAUGGGGCUACCAGCUACAUUAGCUUGUAGGCUAGCGGACUUUUCAUACGUUUUGUGGAAACACAUGUACGACCUCCCGAAAACAUUACUGAAUUGAAUAUGGUGCUUUUCCACCCGCUUACUUUCAAAAUAAAUAUGUAUUUAUCGGUGCUGUUGAUAAUGGUAAACUUCUCAACUGCCAUAGUGCGGCCACCGGAAGUAACCGCACAACUGGCGAGUGGCGGCCUCUAGUGGCCAUAUUGGUACGCUAAAUACGGGCCAAAAAUGACAAAAUACUCAUAUAACACUUCAGCUAAAGUCUAAAUUACCAUUAAAAGUAUAAAUGUGCUGCUCUGUUCUUUACCGCACCUUGGGUUGAAUCCCGGUCUGUUGCUCUAGACGGGACUGUCAUGAUCGCCUGCUGUUUUUAGUCCACAACUGUUUUUGCCUGCUGGUCACAAGCCGGUCUUGAUUGUAUA